GCCAGGAAAGUGCCCAGUGAUGCAGGCUGCCCAUGGGCACUGCCAUCCACUGUGUGGGUGCCCAUGGGAGGUACUCAGGGCAAGCUCCUGCCUCACAGGCCCACCCUGCCCUGAGCUCUGGGGCUGGCCUGGUCAGCUUCCCCUGCUGUUAGCCCCCUGAGUGGGGCCAGAGGGGGCUCUCCGAGGAGCUCCAGGCUCCAAGUCCCAGCCCCUCUAGGAGGAGGCGGUGGCUGAGGCUCAGCAGCCAGAGGCUUCUCAGCUCGGAGCUCCAGAGCCAAAUGUAACAUUGACCUUAAAUGGUAAAAGCUCCCCAGAGUGAAGAGAGGCUGGCCAGAGGAGGAAAGGGGAAUAACUCAGUUUUAGCCUGCGGAGCCCAGGCCUCUUGGAGCAUCUUUGGGGCUGACGCCGCGGAGGUUCCGGGCACACGCGGCCACGCCCGCCAGGAGGCUGCCAUGCCCCACAUUCCCGAGGAUGAGGAGCCCCCUGGAGAGCCACAGGCAGCCCAGAGCCCCACCGGCCAAGGCCCUUACACCGCAGGAAUAUCCUGCAGUCCACCUACCAUCGUCCUGACUGGGGAUGCCAGUUCACCGGAAGGAGAAACUGACAAAAACCUGGUCAACAGAGCUCACAGUCCUCACAGGAGGCUUUCUCACCGACACUUGAAGGUUUCUACUGCUUCGCUGACUUCUGUGGACCCUGCAGGGCACGUUAUUGACCUGGUCAAUGACCAGCUGCCGGAUAUCAGCAUCUCAGAAGAGGACAAGAAGAAAAACCUGGCGCUGCUGGAAGAAGCCAAGUCGGUGAGUGAACGAUUCCUGACCCGCCGUGGGAGGAAGUCCAGGAGCGGCCCCGGAGACUCCCCGUCAGCUGUUUCCUCAAACCUCAGCCCCGGAGCUUCUCCGACAUCCUCUCAAAGCAACUCGCUUACUGUCUCCACGCCUG